AUGGACAUCUUCUCUGAGCGCCUCAAGAAGGCUGAGCUUCUGAAUUCUCAGCCAGGCCGUGCUUGGACCGCAGGAACUUCACCAUUUGCAGACUAUACUGAAGAGGAGUUGAAGUCACUGAAGGGCUGGAAAGGUAUGGCCAGUCCCAAUGCGAAGAAGAACCUCAGAAGGAGCAAGGUGAGUUUGCUCCAGACGGAGCUGCCGGAAGAUUUCUCGAGGUGGAAGGACCUUCAAUCUGUCAAGGCUAUCGCCAACCAGGGUGCUUGUGGUUCUUGUUGGGCUGUCACCUCGGCCACGGUUUUGAAUUCGCACCGGGAGAUCCACCAGAACGCCACGGAGCGUUUGUCUCCUCAAGAGCUCGUGGAUUGUGUGCCGAAUCCCAAGCAUUGUGGAGGAGGGGGUGGUUGCUCUGGUGCAACCGUAGAGCUGGCCAUGGCAUACACCAUGCAAUUUGGACUAGCCUCAGACAAGUCUCAUCCCUACCAAGGAUAUGAUGAGGAAUGCUCAAGAAAGGAUGUGAAGGGCUCAAAAUCCCUGCUGGAAUUUGGCGAUUCCGAUGAUUUGAGCAUCUCGGGGGUCCGCAAAGCCAGCAAUCAUGACAGAGGAUUUCAUUCUCUGAAAAUGCAUGGCUGGGAAAAACUUCCAGAGAACAGGUACCAUCCCUUGAUGGAAGCCCUUGUGACGAAAGGUCCAGUCGCAGUGUCUGUGGGUGCCGAAGGGUGGGAAAUGUACUUGAAUGGCAUCUAUGGCGAUUGCGCCAAAGAUGUGGUGAUUGAUCAUGCCGUGACACUCAUUGCGUAUGGCAAGGACAAGGAGCUGAAGCAAAAGUACUGGACCAUCAUGAACUCCUGGGGCGAGAACUUUGGUGAGAAGGGAACCAUGCGCCUUUUGCGCCAAGACUCCGAGGAGGAGCAUUGCGGCACAGAUCACCAGCCGCAAGUGGGAACGGGCUGCGACGGCGGCCCUGCCAGCGUUCAGGUCUGUGGCAUGUGCGGCAUCCUCUACGACAACGUCUACCCAAUCUUCUCUCCAUUCUGA